AUGGCUGUGCUGUGGGUGAUUGCACGCCUGCUGGCCGGAGCAUCGAAGGCUGCCCUUCCGUUCAAGGCGGACCAAGCCAUCAUCAGCUCAGCCUUACGAGGAGCCCUGGCCCCUGAUGGGCGGGGCGGGCCUAGCCUGAAGACAUCCGACCUGCCCAGUUGUGCCCCGUGGUACGAACUGUCCAGCUUGGUGGCGUCCGCAUAG